CCGCUCCGGACGGGCGCGCCAAUGGCGUUUCCAAGGUGACGCUGCCACCCCGACUUUCUCCGGGGUGCUGAGGGAACACCUAUGAACCCCUCGGCGAGCUUCCUCGCUGGGCGCCAGAACAUCAGGUCGGAGUUUGAGAUCUCCACGGAGGAGAAGCAGCGGAAGGAGCUGCAGCUGCUCAUUGGAGAACUGAAAGACCGCGACAAGGAGCUCAACGACAUGGUGGCUGUGCAUCAGAGGCAGCUGCUGUCGUGGGAGGAGGACCGGCAGAAGGUGCUGACCCUGGAGGAGCGCUGCAGCAAGCUGGAAGGCGAGCUUCAUAAGAGGACAGAAAUCAUCCGGUCACUCACAAAGAAGGUCAAAGUGCUCGAGUCCAACCAGCUUGAGUGCCAGACAGUGCUGCAGAAGACACAGCUGCAGCUGCAAGAGAUGGCUCAGAAGGCGACCCACUCCGCCCUGCUCUCUGAGGACCUGGAGGCUAGAAACCAAAAUCUCAGCAACACGCUGGUGGAGCUCUCUGCCCAGGUGGGACAGCUGCAGGCUCGGGAGCAGUCUCUCACGACCAUGAUCAAGCUCAAGGACAAAGACAUCAUCGAGGCAGUCAACCACAUCGCCGACUGCUCGGGCAAGUUCAAGUUGCUGGAACAAGCUCUACGUGAUGCCAAGAUGGUGGAGACGUGCAUCGUGAAAGAGAAGCAAGAUUAUAAGCAGAAAUUAAAGGCGCUUAAGAUUGAAGUCAGUAAGCUCAAAGAAGACCUCAAGCAGAAGACGACCGAGAACAACGAGCAGCGCGAGGAGGUCAUCCGCCUGAAGCAGGAGAAGAGUGGCCUGAACGACGAGCUGCUGUGCACGGUGGAGAGGGAGAAGAGGAAGGACGAGCUGCUGGACAUCGCCAAGUCGAAGCAGGAGCGCACAAGUGCCGAACUGCACAGCCUGAGGCAGAUCUAUGUGAAGCAGCAGAGUGACCUGCAGUUUCUGAACUUUAAUGUGGAAAAUUCUCACGAAUUCAUCCAGAUCUAUGACUCUAAGCUGGAGGAACCCGAGAGCCUGGAGUGCAGCAGAGGCCUGUGCUUGUCAGAACUUGAACUUAACCACUCAAAGGUCGACAUCAAGAGGGAGAAACAUGCGAAGCUGCUGGCCAGGGAGCCGGAGCUGGAGGCGGCGCUGGCCCCGAGGCUGGCCAAGGGCCCCUGCGAGGCCUGCAAUGAGAGGAAGCUGCAGGCGGGCCCGGCGAGCGGGGAGACGGGCGCGCUCCUGCCCCCGUGCCCGCUCACCAGGGACCUGGCAGAAAAGCCCAAGCCCUGGCCUCUGGGAGAGAAGCCCCUGCCGGAGCCCGAGAUCAGAGCCCCGAUGUGCAAGGCCCCGGCCAGGCUGCCUCCUGGCACCGGAGAUGCGCUCCUGGGCGAGGAGCGGCCACUCCCGGAGGCACCGAGGCCUGGCGACAUGCAGUGGCACAACGUAAGUGCCUACCUGGGCCUGGCCAGCUGCCCCAGGCCAAGACAGCCAGAGCAGCUGGCCGAGCAGUGCCAGGGGCGCAUGGACAUGGCGGGUGACUCCUGCUGCCAGAGGGCCGAGGCGUGCCUGGGGGACGGUGCCACGUGUGAGGCUCCGUGCUGCCACCCCAGCAACCUCGUCGUGGAAGCGCCUGGCCCCGUGUCCGACGUCGAGUGGAUGAGCAUCUUCAAGCCUUCCAAAACACAGAGAGUCGUUCGCCACAGAUCUGUCUGUACCUGUUCAGGGAGCGUUUGUGGGACGAAAUACAACGCCUCCACGAGGGAGCUGACCGCCAUACAGCAGGCCCACUCCCUGGGCUCCUCCCAGCCUGCCUCGCAGGAGGACGAGGCCGAGUCCUCGUGUGACAGAAAGAGCCCCACGAAGCCCUCAUCCGCCCCCAGCGAUGGCGUGCUGCCCGCCGAGCAGGACGGCUUCUCACCCACCAGCAAGCUGCAGCGUCUGCUGGCCGAGUCCCGGCAGAUGGUGACCCACCUGGAGCUGAGCACCCUGCUGCCCAUCAGCUGCAAGGCUGUCGGCCACGGGACCUUAGAAGCCUCAGAAGCGUCAGCUCAGGAAAAUGCCUUUGUCAGUCACUGAGGAGCACACAAAGCGGGUUGCACAUCUGUGUGGAAGGCAGAAGACACACUGAACAACGCCGGAAGCUUAGGUUAAACCCAGAGGCCCAGCGCCUGGCCCUGGCAGCCACUGCCAAUUCCAGGGGGUCAGGAGCCCAAGCACCCUGCAGAUUCCCCUGUCCUGCUUGGUUCCGAGUUAGCCACUGCCAUGUGUUAGAGGUGAGAGGUCAUGGCGCAGGUGCAGACUGGCGACCACACUCAGGACAAGCCCCUACAUGGGUCACACGGCCCCGGGGAGUGGGCUUACAGGCCCCUGCCCCUUGGCCUGCCAUUGCUACUCCACCCCCGCGCAAACUGAGUGUCCCCACAGCACUGGCCCCAGUUGGCUCCAGUGCAAACUGGGAGAAGUAGCAUCCCCUCUCUGCUGUGUGAGUGACAGAGCACGCCACGCUGAGGGCCGCAGAUCACAGAGCAGCCUGGCCGUGGGCAGGGGCAGCUGAGCAGCCCAGGCCGCUCGCCGGGGUCUGAGUGAAAGCUCGCUGGAAAGGCAACGUGUUUAAGCAUUGUGGUUGUCGCUAUAGACGUAGAACUUGUACAGUAAUUUGGUUUUUUAAAGAGAAUAUGCUGUGUGCCUCUGUAUCCCUUCUAAGAGAAUUAAUUUGCUUCAGUCAAUUAAAAAUAUUUUUAAUAAUAAA